AUGAUGGUGGUGCCUGGAAACGCUCCGGUCAUCCAACAGGAUCAUGUUCUGGAGCCUGAUUUAGGACGAGACUCCACAGAGGAUUCUGCCAUGGGCCCUGAGACCGAACCGGCAGCUGGGGAGGUCACGCCGGAGCUGGAGGAGGUGCGGAAGCUGCGGGAGCUUGUGAGGAGGUUGGAAAUAGAGAACCAGCACCCAAGAACCAAGGGUAGCAGGAAUGUGCUCGGAACAGAUGUGCAGGGGGAGAUCCAUACUGGUGUGGAUAACCAUGACACUGGUCUGAAUGGGAUGGAAAUUAAUAACAGCAUCAAUACCAUCACAGAGAAACGAGAGCUGCAGAUCAUGGCAGAUCUGCACAGCCAGUUGAGCAAGAUGAGGAAGGAGGAUGGAGAAAACAACUGCCUAAAAAGAGACAUGGAUGCCCCAACCCAACACACCAGUGCCACCCAGGAAUUGCCUCCCACCCUGUGCAAGGUGGAUGAGAACAUCAAAUAUUCCUCACAUGUGGAUACAAGUAAUGGCCCAGAGCUGCUGGGCAGCUUGGGCACUGCAGGUGUGGAUCCCUUGGCUCAUAUAACUGAACAAAAGCCCAGUGAGAAAUGUGGAGAUGGGGAAGGGCUUUCCAGUCGUGCAGAGCUGGAUGAGGUGAAGGUGCUAGAACUUGAAAGCUGCCAUGAAGAAGACGACAGCUGGCUCUACGUCUCCCCAAGGAAACCUGUCAUAGAUCCCAAACCAGACUCACCUUUAAAAUGGUGCCGACAGGUGCUGGAUAAUCCCAGUCCUGAGACAGAAGCAGCCUGUAGGACCCUUCUGAACAGACUGGAUCAAGCCAGUAGAUGGAAAAACCUGUAUUGCAGCCCGCUGGCCUCUCCAAGCGCACAUAACUUGAGUACAGAGCCAGGCUCCUCUAGCAAUGCACUAAACUCUCCAGGCCAUCUCAAAUCGACUAACAAAGCACUACUAACCUGUGGCAGCUCAGGUUACCUGAGCAUGCAUUCAGCACUGAGCUCCCAGUCAUCAGUGGACAGUGAGCUGAGCACAUCUGAUGACUCCAUCUCUAUGGGCUACAAGUUGCAGGACCUGACAGAUGUCCAGGUUAUGGCACGUCUUCAGGAAGAAAGCCUGCGCCAGGAUUGUGCCUCCAGCUCUGCGUCGGUCUCGCGGCGCAGCUCCAGUGCCUCCCUGCACUCCCUGCGCAGGGGCACCUACAGUGACCAGGAGUUUGACACCUACAGCCUGGAGGAUGAGGAUGACGACUGCUCCCUGUCCUACCGCAGUGCCCACCGCUACUCGCCGUCCCCGCUCAGCUCUCCCCGCUGCCAGUCCCCUUCCUCCACCACAGACUACGGCAGGUCAUCCUCAUCCCGCAUCCGACCCCCCAGGAGAUCCCUCCAGAGCCCCAUGCAGGACCGCCUCAAGUACGCCAACAGCGAAGAGGAGAUGCGCCACAGCAUGCCCAACCUGGCCAGGACCAGCCUUCGAGCCUUGGAGUCCGUCCGGAGCAGUCGCAGCUUGGAGUCUGACCUGCAGGUGCCCAACAGCCGAAUUCCAAAAACCCAGCAGCGCUCAGCAGGUCUGGCUCCCAGUAAGCUCAGGUAUUCCUCCAGUGCUGGGCAGCCUCCGUUGACGGUGCGCCAAGCCAUGAAGGCAGGGUCAUGCCCAAACUCUCUGCUGACACCACGGCAACCAGUGAAGGCCUGCAGCUACACCAGUCCUGCCACUGGAGUUCGCAAAGCACAGGCAGCUUCCCUCAGCACCAGCACCUCCAGGAGCACCACCAUGGGUACUGGGGCAAAAAACCCCCCUGUGAAAGCUCGUGCAUCUGUGGGAGGAGUGGCAGUGCCCAGGAGCAAGCCAACACCACCCUCCAGAAGGUUUCUUCAGUCAGCUCAGCCCACUGAGGAUGACUCCUGGAAGGAAGGGUGCUACUGA